AGCAGUAUUUGUAACAUAUAAAUCUGAUUUUUUGAAAUUUUGUGAAAGUGCUAAACUAAAAGAAAAAUGGCUUCAGGUGUAACUGUGUCCGAUGUCUGCAAGACUACAUACGAGGAAAUCAAAAAGGACAAAAAGCAUCGUUAUGUCAUUUUCUACAUCCGUGACGAAAAGCAGAUCGAUGUGGAAACUGUGGCAGAUCGCAACAGCGAAUACGACCAGUUUCUAGAAGAUAUCCAGAAAUGCGGUCCUGGCGAAUGCCGAUAUGGAUUGUUCGACUUUGAGUACAUGCAUCAAUGCCAAGGCACCUCUGAGAGUUCAAAGAAGCAAAAGCUGUUCCUUAUGUCGUGGUGUCCCGAUACUGCUAAGGUUAAGAAGAAGAUGUUGUAUUCCAGCUCUUUCGAUGCUCUCAAGAAAUCGCUGGUGGGCGUACAAAAGUAUAUACAAGCCACCGAUCUGUCCGAAGCCUCCCGGGAAGCCGUCGAGGAGAAGCUUCGCGCCACUGACCGCCAAUAAACUGUAUGGAGAAAGCACUGUGCAUUGCAUUUAACGAACAAGAAAGGCAUGCAUAAAACAGCGAUCAAAACAUAUGUAUCCUGUUGAGAUCGCCAAUUUGUAAGAGAAUUUUCUACAUAAUUUGUAUUUUCAGUAGAAAUAAAGAAAAUGAAUGAAA